CUACCAUUGGGGGGCAGAAGACAAAUGCAUAGCAAAGCACAGCGAUGCUGAGGGUGCCUCUUGCCCCGGCUUUAGUUCCACAUCAUCUCCUCUAUUUCAAGAUGGCAGCCAUGAGGCUAUGAAGAAGCGAUACAUGUUUCUGGAAUAAAUUAUGAAAACAGAUACUAGGUAACAGCGUUAGACACAUACGCCUGUGAUAUGACUGGUAUCAUUAUUGCAAGUGUGUUGUUUCUAGAGUGAGAUUUAUAAGGAAAAAUACGUUGCAUACCGGUAUGCUCAUUUGCUAAGCUAGCCAAAUAAAUGAAUUCUGGGGACGGCCACAUCUGAUUCGCCAGCUGUCAGCUAAAGAAGCAUAUUGAUCUGUGCGCUCAACUUCACCAUGGCCAUCUCUCAGUUUCGCCUUUUCAAGAUUUGCACAUGGCUUGCAACCUUACUUUCAUUCUUCAGAAGGUUAAUGUGCAGAUCUGGGAGGUUGCGUAAGCUAAGCGGCGAUCAGAUAUCUCUUCCAAUUACGGUUGAUUUUUCAUCGGUGCCCAAACAGCCAGAGAUUGAAGAAUGGAGCUCGUGGGAUGAAGAAGGUCCCACGAGUAUCAAGAUCGAGGGUGGUAACGGCAACGUGCCACCUCAGCCCGGCGAGGAAGAGGAACCAGACUACUUCAAAGACAUGGCACCCACCAUCAGGAAAACACAGAAAAUUGUGCUGAAGAAGAGGGAGCCACAGAACUACUUGGUACCCGAUGGCAGUGCGGGCUUCUCCAGCAGACUGGCAGCCACUCAGGACACCUCCUUCAUCCAGCCAUCUUCUGAGCUUGGAGACAUGGAUACCUGGCACGAGGAUACCAACGCCUGGGAGGAUGAGUCGUCAGAUGCUGCCUGGGAGGCCGAUUUAGUGCUCAGACAACAGAAGAUGGCAGAGAGAGAAAAGCGUUCCAUGGAACAGCAGAGGAAGAAGAUGGAGAAGGAGGUUCAGAGGAUGAUGAAGAAGGACCAGAAGAUUGCUGUCAAGCUCUCGUAACAUUUUUUUAGAGCACUCAUCCCUUGAGCCAGAAGGCAAAAAAAGAAACACUGAGACAAACUUCAUCAUGCCAUCCUCUAGUCAUCUCCACACGAAGAUCAUCUCUACUCCACAAAGCGGUCAUUUAAAAGAAAUCUCUGUCCACCAGCCAUCAUUCGAGGCAUGGCUUGGCCAGUGUGAUGUUUGUUCAGUGACUGUUGCAUUCAGCUAUCGGAAGACACUUCAUUCCUGGGAUGUGUUCAUUAGGGCACGCAACGGAAAACGGAAAUGAGCAUUUCUUAUCUGACAACUCCAGGAAGUCACUCCCUGUAUCAGUCCAUUUUCUUCUGUUUUGCGCUGAAUGAACACUACCCUGAUUUAAUUGCAGUUCGCGCGACCAUACUCUGCGCAAUGCCCUUUGGUAUUGCCCUAUGUCAGAGACUUGGUAUCAAAUGUCACUCUGGCUAAGUAUGACACUGGGUUCAGGUAGAUAGUUUUGAGUUGUCCAUUUCUAUUUCCCAGUGAUAUGUGUAAAUAUACUGGUACCUAUAGUACAAGUGGAGUCUCAAAAGAGACUUAUUUCUAUGACAUUGUCUUAUUUAUAACAUGAAGGACAAAGGUGUGUAAUUAAAUGUAAGUCUCACUGUGUAUGAGUUACAUACAUCCCUUUGUUGGCUUGGUUAUUGUGCUUUUUAAUUACGUUUCUCGUCAUCGUUGUUCGAAAACACAUUCUCUCAUUGACGUUGCUUGAUAUUCCUGAUGUACUUUUGCUGUACAGCCUUCAAUAUGCUGAAUUGCACCUUUUGAAUUGAAGGCUUUAGAAGAAGAGUUUCAGACUGAGGGUGUGGACACUGUCAAGGGGAUUUGGGAAUUUAAUUGAGCCUUACUCAAGAGUUGGCUGUGGAUUCCUAUGGUAAUCCUAUGGUUACUGAUCGGCCAGGCUCAACAUUUUUGACGUCUUGAAUAAUCAAAACAUUUUCCUGUUUGUUCUUAUCCCUGCUUUUUAAUACACCAAAAUAGAAGCGGCGACUCUAACGACUUUUGUCAUUAUUAUUAUUAUGUUGAAUGUGUUUUUAUUUUUUUAUUUUACACGUUCAAUGUAGCAUAACGCAUUCAAACUCUGUCUGUGUGUUAUCUGAGAAAGUUUGGUUAUCAGACAUGGCCAACUCACAUCCUUGAUCAGUGAUCAUAGCAAAUAAAAAGAUGCAAAGCUCUGUGCUCCCCUCCUCAGUAAUUUGCGGAUGGUUAAUAACAGAAUCAGUCAAAAGAUUUCAUAAGUUAAAGCCUUUUCCAUUGCCUGGACCAAUAACCUGUUACGUUUCAAUAUGAUUUUGGUGUCGAAUCAAGUGGAUCUUUUUUUGUGAUGGAAGUGUGUGUUGUGUGCGAGUGCCCAGCAACUGGUGUAUGAGACUGGAAUGUCAAGCAGAAGGGUCUGGUUGCCAUGGAAACAUAUUUGCAGAGAUGGCGCUGUAGAACUGACAUAAGGCAUUUGCAAUUAAACAGACCUGUUGGAUUAGAAUAACAAUUGAUAGUCCCUUUUCCAAAUUUGUGUUUUCCUUAUACCAUCAGUGGGGUAUCCUAUAUAUAAUAUGGGGAUUCUGGCAAAAGUAGUUUUUAUAUUGAAUGUCUAAGUGAACGAUGCCUUUUAAACAUUGGUGUUUUCAUGGUUAUUUUAGGUGGGGCUUUGUGGUAAAUGAGGGAUUCAUUUAUUUUUUUCAGAGAAUAUUGAUAUGAUAUUGAUGAAGAAUAUUGAUAGUAUUAUAUUGCCCAUUGCAUGGAACAUUGGAUCAGGAAGAAAGAGGUUGUUAGCCACAGACAAUUAUGAAAAUACUGCUGACCUUUGUCCUUUUGCUUUCUUUGCAAAUUCUUCUUCCAAUUGUUAUCAAAGUCAGCAUGAUGGGGAUACAUGAAAAUGUUUUUCUUUGUCAAUAAAGAUCUCUUUUUUUGCACAUUC